GUGACGUCACCAACUUCACCGUGGGCGGCUUUGCGCCGAUGAGCCCGCGGCUCAGCAGCCCCAUACACCCCAGCGGCGCCGGCCAACGCGGCGGCUUCGGUGGCGCCGGGAUGAGCCGUGGGCGUGGGCGCCGCGAUAACGACCUCAUCGGGCAGACGGUGCGCAUCUCCCAAGGGCCCUACAAAGGCUACAUUGGCGUCGUGAAGGACGCCACCGAGUCGACGGCGCGCGUGGAGCUCCAUUCCACCUGCCAGACCAUCUCGGUGGACCGGCAGCGGCUCACCACUGUGGGUUCGCGGCGCCCUGGCGGGAUGGCCUCGGCCUACGGGCGCACCCCAAAUGUACGGAUCUCGCAGACCCCCAUGUACGGCUCGGGGUCCCGCACCCCCAUGUAUGGCUCGCAGACCCCCCUGCACGACGGCUCUCGCACUCCCCACUAUGGGUCACAAACGCCGCUGCACGACGGCAGCCGAACACCUGCCCAGAGUGGGGCAUGGGACCCCAACAACCCCAACACCCCCUCCAGGGCGGACGAGGACUUCGAGUAUGGCUUCGAGGAUGAGCCGACACCGUCGCCGCAGGGUUAUGGGGGGACUCCGAACCCCCAAACUCCGGGGUACCCUGAUCCCGCGUCCCCCCAGGUCACACAGCCCUACAACCCCCAGACCCCUGGCACCCCUGCCAUGUACAACACGGAGCAGUUCUCGCCGUACGCGGUGCCGUCACCGCAGGGCUCGUACCAGCCCAGCCCGAGCCCGCAGGGAUACCAUCAGGUGGCCCCAAGCCCCGUGGGCUACCAGAACACCCACUCGCCGGCCAGUUACCACCCCACGCCGUCCCCCAUGGCCUACCAGGCCAGCCCGAGCCCCAGCCCCGUGGGCUAUAGCCCGAUGACGCCGGGAGCGCCGUCCCCUGGGGGGUACAACCCCACACCCCUGGCUCGGGCAUCGAGCAAAGCUCCAGCGAUUGGGUCACCACCGACAUCCAAGUCAAGGUACGCGACACCUACCUGGACAGCCAGGCCGUGGGGCAGACCGGCGUCAUCCGCAGUGUCACCGGCGGGCUCUGCUCUGUGUACCUGACCGAUAGCGAGAAGGUGGUCAGUGUGGCCAGUGAGCACCUCGAGCCCCUCACCCCGGCCAAGAGCAACAAGGUGAAGGUGAUCCUGGGCGAGGACCGCGAGGCCACGGGGAUCCUGCUGAGCAUCGAUGGUGAGGAUGGAAUCGUCCGUAUGGACCUGGAGGAGCAGCUCAAGAUCCUCAACCUGCGCUUCCUGGGGAAGCUGCAAGAGGCCUGAGGGUGCCCUGUGCCCCUCAUCCUGCCCCACUGAUUCCCCCCCGAAGCUUUCUUUGUGCCCCCCAACCUCUAUUUUCUCCCCCCUCUGCCUCUUUCCCCAUGUCGUACCAAGGUUUGCGUGUGGAAUAAAUGCCUGUGGGUGC